UACUACUAAUACUACUACUACUACUACUAAUACUACUACUACUACUACUACUAAUAAUAAUAAUAAUAAUAAUAAUAAAGAGUUCAAUGGCUCAUCCUUUCUAAUGAGUGACCUGUUGCACCUUUGCUUCCCUCCUGUCCCUGCACUCCACCCUUCUCGGUUCUCUCAGACAUCAGUUAUUGAUCCAAUAUACCGACCAUAAUCAGAUCGGACGGGCUCUGCUCAGACGUAAAUAAGUAGACUUGUCUAUAGUUUCCAGUUACGGGACAGUUGAUUUCGGACAACACCUCUGAUUGGCUGGUGAGUCCAAGCCGCUGGAUGAAAACAAACAAACCUGAGACCCCAUAAUGUAAAGGAUAAGGUGUUAACCUAUUGCCUAUAGCAACCACGUGAGAGGUAAAUGCCUGAUUAAUCACUAAAACGGUGACGUUAAUUUUAGGUCAGUGAGACUUAUUUUAUUUGUGCGCAAUAAACAUGUGUACUCUACUACUUAGCUGUAAUAGUACACUUCAGAGUGGACUUACGUCAUUAGACUGGAAAAUAAAUUUCCUUAAAACUGCAAACAUCAAAUUCUUAUAAUGUACUUAAAUUAAUUGUAUUGUUAUCGCCUCGGUACCAUACGAAUAAAAGCAUUCCGAUUCUGAUCUCAAUGUUUUAGCGAUUCAAUUUGUUUCUGCUGAAAGAUUCAAGAUAAUUAAUUUUCAGUCAACAUGGAGUUCAAAGUAAGAACUCUCUCUCUAGUACAACAGAUCCAUCCAUUAAAUGUUUAAGUUCACAUAAAAAUUGAAUAAAUUGUACCCAUUAAUAUUUGUAGAUGUUGGUCACCUAUAUUAGUUUGUUUAUGCAAUGUAAAAUUGUGGUUAAAUUAUACAAAUAUUGUGUUACUUUAAUAAAAUUUCUACUUAAACAUUUGAGAAAAACGGAAGUGAAGAUGUUGAGUCAGUCAAACUUUAUUCUAUGUAACCAGGAUCAUUUUCUAUAUUAGAUUUAGUUUAUUUAUUUUAUUUUCCAUUUUGUUAGAUUUAUUUUUUAAAGGGUUACUUAAACAUUUUUUCCUCUUCCCCUUAAUUUAUUUAACACCAACCAGGCGAGAACAAUAGUGUUCUCGCGUGGCUCUGACGUCAUGUGACAGCUGCACAUCAGCGUCCUAAAUUGGCAGCACAGUUUAUAUGGCUGCAAAUCGCAGCUUAGGCAGGAAACGCUGCGGGACUCUGAUGUGCAGGUAGGCUUCUGGUCUGUUCCCGACGAGGUUUUCAGAUCUCUAUUGUCUGUUUUUCAAUCGUGUGUGUCUGUUAACUUGCAGCCGGGUGAUUACUCAACCAAACGUUGCAAGAAUCACGGUUAGUCAAGAGGGAACUGGUGAGUGUUUGGUAGGGAGCUAGUAUGCUAGCACUAGUCUUCCAGCCUGUUGUGAUUGUAUAUUGAUUUGUUGCGUAACAAUAUUGGUUGCAUAAGUUAUAUUUACUUAUGAAACGUCUGCACAUGUAACUGAUUAAUUAGGUCUGUUUAUACAGGCCAGGUGCGUUGCAGAUCCCUCGCGCAAGGAGUGGCUGGAGGGAUCUUGACAAUAGCAAGGAUUGUCUGGUUUCACCGACCAGACUGGCGAGCUAAAAUAAGCAGGAUACCGAAACACAAGACUUAUCAUCUGGGAACAUUCUUCCGACCCAAUUGGAGGAUCAGCUCAAGUCCCCAUUGAAGGAAGUGGAUUAUUUUGGUUUUUUUUCAUCAUCAACAAAGACUGGUGGACGUCCUUGGUAUAAGGAACUUUAACUUGUUUUUCCUUUACACUAUGGACUAAUGUGUAUAUAUAUUGUAUAUAUAUUGUAAAUACUAAAUACAACUCACCAAUUUGCACCAUCUUACUGUCUCUGUGCUUUACAAAUUGCCAUCUCCUCCAGUAGCCGAACCUAGCUAGACUUUAAGAACUGUUUGGAUAAAUUUUAAUUCGGAUUAUUUAAAAUCUUGUUAAUCCUUGAACGCAAUGUGGGUUACAUAACUUGGCGAGCUAGCCAGGAGGUUGUUGGCAUUUUGUAAACACAAAUCAUUGUUUUUUUUGUCAUCAACAAUAUGGAUGAAUUUCAAAAACUCGACGUAAAAAUUCCCAACUCUGUUUUGGUUGAAGGCAUUUCAGAUGAAGAUGGUAAAGAGGAAGUAUUUGACUUUUUGAAACAAUAUGGGAAGAUAACAAAGACUGAAAUCAUUUCUGAAGCUGACUCUGAGUUUGAGGGCCAGUUUGUGGUUGAAUUUAGCAGUGGUACAGCAGUAGCUGAAUUGCGUUCCAUUUUACCAUAUUCAUUCAAAUCAUCUGAAAAGUCAGACACAUUUUUCAUCUCUGAAUUAGCUGUUGUAUAUGCAGAACAUGUUUCACAGAGUAAAACUCAUUCUUAUUUAUUUGAGUUACAGAAACUUGCAAAGCUUUCUGGCAUGGAUUUUGCAGAGGUGUUAAAAUCCACGAUGACUCAGAUUGGACAAUCAGUUGCUGAACUUCACUCAGCUGCUAAGAUGGAGGAUCCUGAUGAGAAGUCUGAGGUUAUGGCAGCAGCUGCAGAUCCAACAAUGAAGGAAGAGCCAACGUUGUCAACCGCCACUGAUCCUACAGUUUCCAGACAGAGACUUGAGCAGCAACCUACCUCACGACAGAGACCUUCUCUUCAUGAUGAUGACAUCCAACCACCCGAAGUCCAGCGCUACGUGGUGGAACACAUUAUGAAAACUGAGGAAAGUGCUUACCAUCUACAAAGGCUCCGAGUGUUUUCUGGACGGCUGCCUAGACCAGCACAUGAAGCAGACUACGAGACCUGGCAUUCAGGAGUGGAUCUGCUACUAAAAGACCCAUCAGUUUCUGAGCUGCAGCGAUCAAGGAGGAUCGUGGAGAGUUUACUUCCCCCAGCCGCUGAUAUGCUGAAGCAUCUAAGUUCAGAUACUCCACCUACUGUAUAUCUGAACAUAUUGGAUUCGGCAUAUGGCACAGUGCAAGAUGGAGAAGAACUCUUUGCAAAAUUCAUGGACACUUUCCAAGAUGCAGGGGAGAAGCCAUCUUCAUACCUCCAGCGGCUGCAGGUUGAAGGUGCUGCUGGACAGUCUGUUCCGUAUCUGGGGUACGUGGAGCUGGUCAUCACAUUCCCUGAAGACUUCAUAGGAGUAAACACAGAGGUACCAACUCUCGCUCUUGUGGUCCCAGAUACUAGUCCUGACAGGCCAUCUAAUGUACUUAUUGGCAUGAACACACUGGAGCCACUGUAUGAACAACAUCUUAGCAGUAACCAUGUACAAUUUCAAUCCAUGGCCCAAGGAUAUCGAGCGGUCCUGAAACUGCUACAGUUAAGGCACCAGCAAAAUCAAUUAGGAAAUGCAGGGACUGUCAGGCUGUUAAGCACCACUCCAGUCCUUAUUUCACCUGGACAAACCAUUGUCUUGGAGGGUUCUGUUAAAAACGCCUCUCCAUCUGCCAAUAAGUGGGCCAUUGUUGAACACCCUAGCUCGCCUUUACCAGGGGGUUUAUGUGUUCAGAGUUGUCUAAUUACACUGCCACAGCAUCCACCAUAUAAAGUCCCAGUGAUCAUGAAGAAUGAAUCAGAGCAAGAGGUGUUCAUAUCACCAUUAACCAUUAUUGCAGACAUUGGGUCAGCACCUACUGUUUUGUCACAACAAAUCACAUCUCAAACCUCACAACGAACCAUUUUGGAGUUUAAUUUUGGAGACUCUCCUAUUCCACCUGAGUGGAAGGAACAUAUUAUCAACAAAAUGAACAGCAUGCCUGAAGUAUUUUCUCAUCAUGAUAUGGAUUUUGGCUGUACAGAUGCAGUUAAACAUACCAUUAAACUUAAUGAUGAAACGCCUUUUAAACACAGAGCAAGGCCAAUCCAUCCCCAAGAUCUGGAGGCAGUCCGUGAACAUCUUAGAGACCUGUUUGGAGCUGGCAUUAUAAGAGAGUCUAAAUCACCAUUUUCCUCUCCAAUAGUUGUGGUUCGGAAACGUAAUGGUUCCGUCCGGCUAUGCAUAGAUUACAGGAAACUGAAUCUUCAAACUAUCAAAGACGCAUAUGCCCUUCCUAAUUUGGAAGAAUCUUUUUGUGCUUUGACAGGGUCCAAAUGGUUCACUGUGUUGGAUUUAAAAUCUGGCUAUUAUCAAAUAGAGAUGGCAGAAGAAGAUAAGGCUAAAACAGCUUUUGUAACUCCCCUUGGAUUUUGGGAGUGGAACAGGAUGCCGCAAGGAAUUACAAAUGCACCUAGCACGUUUCAGCGGCUAAUGGAGAGAUGCAUGGGAGAUCUGCAUCUUAAAGAGGUCCUUGUCUUCCUCGAUGACAUCAUCAUCUUCUCUGCCACUUUGGAAGAACAUGAGGAACGGUUGCUGCGUGUGCUCUCCCGGUUGAAGCAGUUUGGACUAAAGCUCUCUCCAGAGAAAUGUAAGUUUUUUCAGUCAUCUGUACGUUAUUUGGGACACAUUGUCUCUGACAAAGGAGUUGAAACUGAUCCAGAAAAGAUUGAUUCUUUAAAAUCCUGGCCAGUCCCCCGCAACCUUAAAGAGUUGCGAUCUUUUCUGGGUUUUGCUGGAUAUUACCGAAGAUUUAUUAAAGACUAUGCUGCUAUUGUCAAACCACUUAAUGAGUUAACCCGUGGUUAUCCUCCUGCCCGCAGCCCUGCAAAACUGAAGAAACCAGAAGGAAAGUACUCGGAUCCAAAGCAAUCCUUUGGAGAUAAAUGGACUAGCCAUCAGCAGAUUGCUUUUGAAACAGUCAUUUCCAAAUUGACUACAGCACCUGUUCUUGGGUUUGCAAAUCCACAGCUGCCAUACAUUUUACAUACUGAUGCCAGUACAAAUGGGUUGGGAGCAGUAUUGUACCAAGAGCAGGAGGGCAAGCUGCGUGUUAUUGCUUAUGCUAGUCGAGGCCUGUCUGUCAGUGAGUCAAAAUAUCCUGCGCAUAAACUGGAGUUUUUGGCCCUGAAGUGGAGUGUUACUGAGAAGUUUCAUGAUUACCUCUAUGGGACUAACUUUACAGUUGUCACAGAUAGCAACCCUCUCACUUAUGUUCUUUCUUCAGCCAAGCUGGAUGCUACAGGUCACCGGUGGUUAGCAGCACUGUCUACCUACUCAUUCCAAUUGCAGUACCGUGCUGGAAAACAGAAUUUGGAUGCUGAUGCUCUGUCCCGACGCUCACAUGAAGAUAUUUCUAGUGACCAGCACUGCCGAGAGAGGGAGCUCAUUCAACAUCUGACCAGUCAGUUGGGUCGAUCUCCAAGAACAACAACAAGCUGACCCUGCUAUUCGUGAGGUCAUUCAUCAGCUGGAGACUGGGGAGAAGGUCCUUCCAUCGGUUCGAGAGGAGCUAUCUGACCUUCCUUUGCUCCUGAG